AUGUGGGCGCUGAGCUGGCAUCCGCAGCCAAGAAUGACGGCGCAGCGCGGGACGCCAUUCUACGGGAGAUACACGCACGACCUCAGACAGAAGAUCGAGACACCAAUGCACACUAUACAGAGGGUCACGGCUCUCAACUUGUGGGAAGCCAUCGCCAUCCGCAUCGCCAUCAACAUGACUCUGCUACGGGUUGUUACUGAAGCUGCAGGGCCACUGUCCGCGACUCAGAUCUCUCAGAGGUGCCACGCCGAACUACACUUCACUCAGCGUCUUCUACGAACCCUGAACUCUUUCGGCGUGCUGGAGCGGUCUAUUUCCACAGACGGCACGCCCACCUACUCACCCACUUCGAUCUGCCACACCUUCGCCGGCCAAACCGGUGCAGCAUCAAUGCGCUGCUGGUUCGACUUCUUCACCCCGGGCUUCAUGCUGAUGCCCUCCCAGCUCAAAGCCAACGGCCACAAAUCCUUCAACAGCCCCGAUGAUAAUGUCUACAGCAGAGCUAACGGCCAGCCUGGCAGAACGACAUGGGAUGUCUUGGCUGAGUCGCCAUAUCAGCAGGACUGGGGCACGCUGGUGGCAGAGUAUACACAGAACCACAAAGACUGGCUGGACUUCUAUCCCGUUGAGGACCAUUUGAUCCACGGCGCACGCGAAGACUUCGAUGCGACAUCCAUGGUCGAUGUAGGAGGCUGCACAGGCUCGCAAGCUCUUGCCUUCCUGCAACGAUUCCCUUCAGCGCCAGGCCGGACCAUCAUCCUCGAUCUCCCAGACGUACUCCCACCACCUCACGCUCGCGUCGACAACCUCGAAUACCAUCCCCACGACUUCUUCACACCCCUCCCUUCCCACCUCGACGGUGCGCGCUUCUACUAUCUCCGCUACAUCGGCCACGACUGGCCGCAAGGCAGCUGGGUCAAGAUCUUGCAGAACGUCAGAGUAGCGAUGACGCCUGGAUAUAGCAAGCUGAUAAUUCAUGAUUUGAUUCUGCCCGAGGAACCUAGCCAAACCGUUGCGGUGCAGGAUCUUUUGUUGAUGGGACAUGGUGGUGGCGAGGACAGGGAUGAGGCGAGGCAUAGGAGUGCUAUUGAGGCUGCGGACUUGAGGGUGUGUGGAAUUUGGGAUCCGAGGGAUGGGGUUAGUGAGGUGAUUCUUGAGUGUGAGGUCGCGGAGGAGGCGAAGGAUUCGAAUAUGAAUGAAGUGUGA